AAUUAUCAUAGAACCGAAGAGGCAGAGGAGCUCUCCCCUGAAGUCGAGAGAAAAAAAAAGAAAGAAAGAUUGAAGCUUUGAUUACUACUACCAUGACUUCUUCUGGCCAUUACAGGCGGAGAGUAGGAGAUAAUGAUGACGAGCAAACCGGCGCCCGUUUCUUCAAGAUCAUCCUUCAAUCCACCAUUCGUGACAAGAAGCUGCUUGUUCCGAGAAAGUUCAUCAGGGAUUCGGCCGACUGCCUGCUGUACUCAAAGUCUGCAACUUUGAAGGUACCCAGUGGAGACGAGUGGGAAGUGGAGCUGGGAAGGGAAGGGGAAGAAGAUGUUUGGUUCGGCAACAACGGGUGGCAGAGAUUUGCAGAAUUCUACUCGUUGCAGUACGGCCACUUGCUGGUUUUCGAGUACUCGGGUCGCUCCGAGUUCUCUGUGGUCAUAUUCGGUAGAUCCGCUACCGAGAUUGAUUACCCAGUUAGGGAAGUCAUCGGGAUCGAGGAUUCGGCUCCGGUACUGGAGGUUUUGGUUAGUGAUGACGAGGAUGAUGCUGGGGCAACAAACCAGUGGAAGGAGAACGAGAAAGGCAAGUCUCCAAUGGUGCCGAAUGGUGCUGGGCAAGGUGAUGACAACCGCCUGGUGAAGCGGCAGAAGAGCUACUGGAAAUCCAGUGGAGAGGUUGAGGCUAACGGAGGUGGUUUGAACAAGACAGUGAUGCCACAGGAAGAGAAACAAGGCUCUUCUGACAAGCCUUCUUCUUCAAGGAAACGCAGAGCUCUGCCGGUGGAUGGGUUCACAACGAAACAACCCUCCUACCAGACCACAAUGCAUCCGAGUUACAUCGCCACAGGGCCGGUACAGAUAUCUCUUCUGGAGUUUUUGUUCAUAGUUCUUCAACGGGGUCUGUUGGCUCUGCUUGAACUUACACCUCGAUACCCCGUUUUUUCGCAGUACAUUCCUGCAGAGUUUGCAGACGAGCACAUUAAGAAAACUGAGCAGCAAGUGAAACUUGUGGUGGGAGGCAAUGAAUGGACGGUAAGGCUGAACAAGCUACAGAACAAGUACAUGAAGCUUGGCAUUGGGUGGAAGGAUUUCGCAGUAUGUAACUCGCUGAAGCGAGGGGAUGUCUGCACCUUCGAGCUGGUUCAUGGUUGGACUGAUGUUGAGUUGAAGGUCACUAUCGCUAGAGAUCCAAUUUGAUUCGUGAAAUUCUACUCAGCUUUUGGGGGUAGUUUCUCUGUAUAUCGGAUCGUUCCAUUUCAAUGUUGCUAGGCCACUAGCAUUGUAGUUUCUUCUUCUGUAGCUGUUGAAUCUAGUGUUUCUUAAACUAGGUAGCUGAGCAAUGUAAUGUUUUCCACCCUGUUUAAACCUGGUAUUCGGAGAUUUGGGAUUGUUGGCUUCUUUCUUCCCCGCUUAUGACACUCAGCAGCAUCUUAUGAGCAUUAGGAUAAUGUAAUGGAUUUUGA